GAUGCUGUUGCUGUUGCUGCUAAUGAUGCUGCCUCUGCUGCUGAUUCAGUCGCACCGCAGACGAGAUUCGCACAGCAACGCAACGUUUCUGCUUAUUUUCUAGGGGGAUUUCUCAAAAUGCAAUUGAGGUGUCUGCUCAUCUGCCUGGGUCUGAGCCUGGGCCUGCUUAUGUUGACAACACCGGUCUGCGAGGCACGUCGUGGUCGCGGUCGAGGACGCACCAAGUCCCGUGUCCAAAUCGGUUUACCCAUCACUGGCAAAUAUCGUGAUCCCGAAUCGGAUCAAUACUACAAUAACAAUAACGGUGCCAAAAUCUUGCAGGCUUCGCACUUUGAUCUCGAGUACGUGCUGGGCCACAAGAUUGCUUUUCUGUGCGUGGCCAAGGGCAAUCCUCGACCGCACAUCACUUGGUACAAGGACGGUGCCGAGAUCUAUCAGCAUUUGUAUAUGCAUGUGCAUGAAUGGCGCAUUGGGGAUGAUCGCGUUAAAUCGAAGAUUGAAAUCGAUCCGGCUACACAAAUGGAUGCCGGACUUUACGAGUGUACGGCGGACAACAUGUAUUCUAUAGACAGACGCAGUUUCAAGACAGAUUUCUCCAUUGCCUUCGAUUAACGUACGUGCGUGCGAUCUUUCCCCAAUACACACAUAUUAUUUUGUAAGCAAUAAAG